UUCUAUAGUUGCUGUAAAUGUUAUCAUGGAGUGACCAGGAGGUGAUCCCUAACCACCGCUGGGAAUUACCUGAAAACUAUUUUACACCUUUUAUGUUACUACUUAUGUUAGUUCUUCUCGCACUAAUUAGGGGGAAAUAUUGUAGUUUUUCGCUCCACUACAUUUAACUCACAACUUCAGUACCUCAGACUCAGAUUAAAAUACGAAAUAUAAACUAUCAAUACAUUAUGAUAUAUUAUUGGUUAAUAUUAUUCUUCAUUGAAAAUACACACGUUACUCCGAAGUAUAUAAAGUGAUUCAAAAUGUUUAAACCUUUACCAGCUGCUACAUUAAAGUGAUGAACACAUUAAUGCACAAUACGUCCAUAUUAAUACUCCACAGCCAAUGUUUACAUGUAAAAAUCAACCCGUUGAUCUGCGGUCUGCGGGGACGAAACGGUUAAGGGGAGACGCGAGAUGUGCGUGAGUGUGUGUGGAUGGGUGGACGUGGAUGGGAGGAUGGGUGGAUGAGGAGAGGUGGAUGUGGAUGGGCGGACGGCUCCUGCGGCACCGAAGUCAAAUGUGUCCAUUUGCACCGGACAGCCGAAGCGCGGUGCAGGAAGGAGACAUCCGGGACGAGUCACCCGGGGGACCCAGCGGAGCGCGGUACAAAGGUAGAUGAAUGAUGAGCAGCCUGCAGCAGGGAGGAUUAAUGCGUGUCUGCACGCAGCGAGGGGUUUAUACCAAGCUUUGGUGCCAUUGAAUGGGACCGCGACCCUCCUUAGACGUGAGAUAGCGGUCGGUUCUCUUUAACGGACGUUUGCUUGCAAGUUAGCAGCUUUAGCAGCUUGUUAAAAAAAUAAUGUAUAUAUGUAUAUAUAUAUUGUCACUGUCCCGAAUUAAAUUAACUGUAUUUAAAGUAAAUGAAAUAGCUGCAUGUGGUGUUAGAAUGCAGAAUGCAUUUCUCUUCUUUUGCUUUUAGUUUUUACUGCAGUUAAAUGUGGAUAUGAAUUCGGUGUGUGUGUGUGUGUGUGUGUGUGUGUGUGUCUGUGUGUGUGUCAUUGUGCCUCGUAUACUUCAAAUAUGCUUUGUAAGGAACAAACGUGUCUUUUGCGUCAUGAAGGGGGAGAGGCUUCUCUCCAUCGAGUAGAGGAAGCCAGUGGCUUUCUUCAUCUAAGGCCACUAUUCCAUCACACAAUACUGAUACUUAAUUACUGCAUUAAUAUGCUCACUAUUCAAUGAUUGGGCCUACCGGAUUGUAAACAUGUAGUGAGCUAUGCUAAAGAAUAAUUAAGAUUUUGGGGUGUUUGGACCUUCUCUGCUGCAGGCAUGACGUAGCUCUGCAGGGCAAACCGGAAGUUCUUCCUGCACCAGUCUGACGUGUGUAGAGGUCGUGUGGUUAUUCGUAGCAGCCUGGCGUCACGCCCUUGUGCCCAUGCUCAGAACCGGAUGAUUUGCACCGCACUGCUCAGUGGGAAGCACGCGUGAUGCUGCAGCCGCGCGCUGAACCCGGUAGUUGUCGGGGUCAAAAUGUGAUGACUUUGGCUCUCCACGGCCCCUGGAGUUCCCCUGGAGCGUAUCCACAUCUCAUUGAUGCAUGUACAAAUGGUGCAAUAUGUGGCCCUGGGUUGGAUUUCCAAAAGUCCAUCACUGAUUUGUUCCAUAUAAGGCCUGCAGUUCAUUACAUUUUUUUUGUUCGAUAAUCCCUGCUGCUGCUGCCUUCGUAGCCUUUAUUCCCUCUCAGUUUUACACCAACUGUAUUGAUAUUAAAGACCUAUUUUUAACUUGAGCGGCAGCCUUCACGGCAAAAGAUCCCAAAGCUCUGGUGUAAAAACAACAACCAUGAGCCCAAAUCUGCUGUGCGGACACUCGGUCUAAGUUGUUUAGUAUUAAUUCACUCAUCCAGGUUUUAUCCGUUCCUGCUUCUUAUUAUAAGAGACCAUAUAAGGUAUGAUGGGAAUGUGCAUUUGUACUGCAGGUUAAAGGGACAUAAAAGGUCAUUGUUGAGGCUGAGGGAAGUUUCCAAACCAAAAUGUUCCUGUGUGUUGAAAUCACUGUGGUGAUUUGAACAGUUCAAAUAUAAGUUGUUAAUAUGUGAGUUAGCCAUUUUUGAAAUUCCAACAUGUAAAUUACAAAGCAAAUGUGUAAAGCAUAACCUCAAACCAUACUUCUAAUGUUUGUGUUCCUCCCUAAGAGUGACAGGUUUCUGUUUUAACGCAAAUAGUUCUUCUAAGCAGAUUCAAUAACCAAAUUAAGUUAUUUAGAUAAAAAGAGGCAUAUAUAGAUAUAUAUGUGUAUAAAUGUAUAUUUGCUUUAGAGGAGCUUUGGGUGCACACCAAACAGUACCGGCCUGCAGAACAUUCCACUAAAAGCAGGUGUCAAACCUCUCUCGUUUUUGAAAUAUCUCUGUUUCUUACAGAGAAGCCAGCAUGAAUUAUUUAUUGUCAAUGAUUGAUUUUAAGCUUCUUUGCCUGAUUAAAGAUUAACGUGCACAUGCAUCCAUCCAUUGCUGCCAGGGACCGUGACCAAGAUCUGCUGCUUACUUGGUGGCUGCAUUUCUAAUCCCCGAGGCGUGACCCACAUGCUAUCCGGGGCAGAGGGCUUAGCUCCCAUGUUUUAGUGUCUUUCAUUAAAUUGCAAAGAGCUCAAGGAGCUGCAAUGAUUGUGUAAGAGGCAAAGAGGAAGAAGACAGAGGGGACGAGAGGAUUCCUACAGGAAAGGUUUGAACUUUCAAAGGUCAGUGUGUACUCAAAGGUAAAUUUGUGGAUAUUUUCUGGGUGAUAACGAGACACGGGGGUGUUUCUAGGAUUCAAAUAAGGGGCGGGGCUUAGCCCCAAGGGAAGGUGAAUGUUUGCAUAUACAUCCAAACCCAAAACACUUGGACCUUUUACUAACGCACAUAUUUCCUCACACAACACUGUUAUUUGGAUAUAGACUGUUUGCUUGUGAAAAAUGGCUUUUUUCCAGUUUAAUUACAGCGACUCCCUGAUGCUAACCCACUAUAUGGAAUUAGCAACAUGACAGCACCAUUUCCAUCCUCUUGGUCACUGGCAACUCACCCGCAUCGGACACCGCCGGUUUCCAUUCGCAGCGCCGCAUCCAACCACAGUGACCUUGCAGAGGCCUGGGACCUGCGCCAGUGCCACAGAGCUGCACUGCAUGAGGGGGGGAUUAUGGCGGGACGCGGGGUCAGCAAUGGGUCGGAGUCGUGGGUUCACAGCUGUCGGCACGACUUGCGUCCCAGCAGCAGAAACAGUUGUGUGUCAGUAAAAGAAAAAGGAUGGAGGUGACCACGGAACCCCGCGAGGCUCCGGUGCGCCUGACGGUGCUGUCCCGCUGGUACCUCUACGCCAUCCACGGCUACUUCUGCGAGGUGAUGUUCACGGCCGCCUGGGAGUUCGUGGUCAACUGCAACUGGAAGUUCCCCGGCGUGACCAGCGUGUGGGCGCUCUUCAUCUACGGCACCUGCAUCCUCACCGUGGAGCAGAUGUACCUGCGGCUGCGCGGCCGCUGCCGCGUGCUGCCCCGCUGCGUCAUAUACACCGCGUGGACCUACCUGUGGGAGUUCGGCACGGGGCUGCUGCUGCGCCAGUUCAACGCCUGCCCCUGGGACUACUCCGGCUUCCGCUACAACUUCAUGGGGCUGAUCACGGCCGAGUACGCCGUGCCCUGGUUCUGCGCCUCCUUCCUCGUGGAGCGCCUGGUCAUCCGCAAGACGCUGCGGCUUCGGUUCCACGGCGGGGCCGAGGACGGCUGGUCGAAGCGCCGCUCGGGCGCCGCAGGAACCGCGGGUGAUGCUAAUGGCUGCCUGAAAGAAGAGUGAAGGAAAGGUAGAAAACUAACCUCAGUCUCACAACCGGCCCGAGCACCCAGCUACACCGUCCUUAGCCUCCUUGGCCCCGUUUCAUAAGCAGUUCCUCCGCGUUAACCGGUUGGAGGGGGGUCGGUGAGCAGAGGUCCACCGGUUAUGAUAACAGCCAGAAGACCAA